AUGUCGUCUCCUUUUGACGGUCUCGCUUCUUCGCCUUUUCUUUCUUCGCCUCUCGUUUCGUUUCAUGUCUCGCGCGCUCCGCAUCUUUCCCCAUGGCAGCAAACGAUGGACUCUUUUCAUGGAGGCGCCGCGGAGAACUGCGAGGAGAGAAACGGGGAUGCUAUCCUUUCGGGUGUAACUGGGGCGCCUGCAACUGCUUCAGUGUCUCUCUCUCUGCCUCGAUUCUCUUCGCCUCUUCCUCCGCCUAGCGGGGAUCCUACUCUUGUGGCUUCCUCGUCGCCCUCCUUCGCGUUUGCUGUCUCCGCUGGCCCCGUAGACUCGAGGCCACCCCCGACCGCGGACCUGCCGUCCCUUGCCUUGCUGACAGCCACGCCUCCAGAUCCCCUCUUGCGUGCCAUCGGCCCUGUCUCCGCCGCUUCUUCCCGCGGAGCUGCAUGCAGCCGAGCGAGCGAGCUCUCAGAGCACCCACUAGAUUCCUCCUCGCGUCUACUGCCCAGGGCUGAAUCGGGGCGGGCCCGGGGGGACUGCGGAGUCCUCAGCCAACCGAGCGUUGCCGAGUCUGUCUCCACUUGUGUCGCGCGGCUCCACGCCGCCCACGCGGAGGGCGAGUGGGCGGCCAUUGCGAGACUUGAAGGCGACUUGCGCAGAGCUCUCCUUCUCCCAGCCUCUUGUCCGCCGCCGGUGUCUCCGCGCCGCCAGGAAGCUGAAACGAGCCCCCGAUCCGCCGUCUGGGCGACUGGCCCCGACGGCUGGCUCCAAGGGCUCUGCGGAGAGGAGGGGGAGCCCCUAGGCGGCGUGAAGACCCACGUCGAGAACCCAGAGACUGCGGACGCGUCGGUUUCUCUCCUCGCCGCGGCGCCUCUGUCGCCAGGCGUCCUUGCCUCUUCGCCCUCUGACGACUUCGCGGACUAUGCGAAAGAAGAAGUCGGGUUGUUGGCCGCGCGGGACUCCCGCGCGGUCUCACCAGGGCGCCUUGACCCGGCGAGUCGCGGGUCCUGGGCGCGCGACCCGCCGGGUAGUCACGCUCCUGCCCACGCGCAGGCCCUCUUUGCUUCGCCGCGUGACGAGAUCCUGGGAGCCGCGAAGACGGCGUCGCCACAGUCGUCCGCCUACGAGAAAGCACUGCUCGCAGGUGGCGCCGACGGCAGGAGGUCCUCGUCGCCGUGGAGGGAGCCCCUGGGCUGCCCGGGCUCGGCGCAUCCCAGGGCGGCUUCGCUGAGUGGCGCGGGGCGUGGCCCCAGUGCGAGUUUCUCGCGCCAUCCCUCAAAGCACAACUCGUCUGCAUUUUUCCAUCAACUGCGGCUGUCUCUCGCGGCCCCCGGUCGCUCGGUGUCGCGACUCGGGCUGGCUGGCGCCGAGAGCGAGGCGGAAGACGAGGCUUGGGACGAAGCGGAACUCGAGGACCUCAUCGCCGCGAUGGCAGAGAGAGAGGCCCGCGGGAGGGAGCACAUCAGGGCGAGGCGCCUGACCCGUCUCGCACACGACGCGCGCCUCGCGUUCUACGCCGCGGCGGUCGACGCGGCGCUUCACCUGCGGAGAUUCGCCGCAGCAGAGGCGCACAUGAAGGAGCUUCUUGGAGGUCGCGAGGCAGGCGAAGCGACGCGCGCUUCUGGCGUCCCUGGCAGGGAGGCGUGCGCGGGCGGGCGUCGCCACUGUCCGCUGGCUUCUCUCGGCGCCUUCCGGCGCGCGAGAGCGGCGCAAGCUGCGGCGGUAAGGAGAGCUCAGGCGGGUGGGCCCAGCGCCAGCGGGAGAGGAGAGAUGCCCUCGAAGACUGGAAACAAGGAGGCAGGAGAUUCAGUCGCUCGGUCAUCUGACAGUUGCGAGGCAUCCCGAGCCCAACUCCAGAGCUCCAGCGGGGGCGAGUGCGACUCGCCCAUGCCCGCUUUUUCGCUGCUGCCUUUUCUGCAUAGCUCGCCCACGCAGGGCAGGGAGGGAGAGAGCCACGGCGCGCCUGCAGAGCUCUCGAGGGCCUCGGCGGCAGCCAGCUUUCCCCCGCUGGAUGUCUGGCUGCUAUGGCUUAAAACGCUACUGCGAGUUGCAUCGUUCAACGAGCUGCAUGAGGCCCUCGGGGCGGCCCCGCCAACAGCCAUCUGGGCUCUGGUUCGUACGUUUCUGCCUUCCUCCGGCACCUCGUGGCCGCUUCCUUCACCAGAAAGUCCCUCCUCGGGGCCGCCCUCGAUGUGUCCGCUUGAACUGCAGCUUUCGCUACUUCUCUCGGCUGCGCCGCCGCCUGUACCGGUCGCUUGUCGCGCUCGUGACGCGGCUGUGACUCCGUCGUCUUCAGCUCGUCCUGCUCAUCAUUUUUCUUCCACGUCUCGAUGCGACGGGCGCCACGCCGAUUGGCCCCCGUCGUCGCGCCCGUUUGUCUUUCUCUCUCCAUUUUUUUUCUUCCGUAAGUUUGCGCGCCUCCCGCUCGCCCGGCAGCUCCUUGUCCUCGAGGCGCUGGCGGCCAUGGGGCUGCUCUGUGGGCUGGCGCAGCUUCACAGCGUGGCGGCGGGGCUCUACGAGCUCCUUCUGCUGCUCAGCUACUCGCCGGGGGCGCUGGCGGCGAAGCAACGCUGCCCGCGGCUGCCGGUGGCCGCGGCGGCGCGCCUGCUGCGCCUCCAGGAGGCCCAAGCGGCUGCGCAGCCCGAGGCGCUUCUCUCCAUUUGGUCGGACCUGCGACACGUGCCGGCUGGUCUGGGCGCCGGCAGAGAUGCUGAUGAGGCGAGCGUCAGCCUCUUCCUUCGAGGCCUGCCCCGCUGUGUGGAGGCCUCGCAGCCGUCUCCCUCUCUGGGCGCGCUAUUUCUCGCGCUGUUGCCGUCCUUCUUGGCUGCCUUCUGGGACAGCGCGAGGCACUGCCGCCGGCUGGCGUCGCUUGCGAGCCCUCUGGGGACGGUGCUUGAGUUCGCGGAUGUGCAAUACCUCGCCUGCAGGCACUCGCGGCUCUGCCGUCCGCUGCCUUCGGAGUUCUUCUUUGCACUGUCGACCCGCUGCUGCGCCCAACUCGGGCGGUCGCGGCCCGCCAGGGGGUCCCGCCGGGAGACCUCCCGCGGCCGCAACGCCUCGCCGGAUCGCUCCUUUCGCAUCACGCCUCACCCGUCGGAUGCCGCUCGCCAGGAGGGCGCGGCGCAUCACCUGGCCGUUGGCGGCGUCUCCGCGUCUCUGGCUGUUUCGAGUCCCUUUGCGGGCGUGUCAGGAGGCGUCGGUCAGACCGGCGGGCUGAGCGGGGGGGGCGGAUCCGCGGCCGGCUCGCACGGGGCCACUCCCUCUCGCCAGGCGUCGCACGGGACGGUCCCCACCCCGGACCCAGGCGGGUCUCCGGGGGCGCGAGUCCCCCACGGUCGGAAAACCACCUUUUUCCAGCAUCUCUUGAGCCCCCGCGAGUAUCUGCUGCACGGGCUCCACGCCGGCAUGACGGGCGAUACCGGCCCCCGAGGCGGCGAGACAGCGCCGACGCUGGAUGGCGCCAGGCUCACGCCCGCUCUGGAAUCUCCACUUCUGGUCAACCGGGCUCUGCUCGCCUCGCUGCAGCUCGGCAUGCGACGGGGGCGCUCAGACGCGGUUGACGGAGGGUUGGUGCGGGGCUUGCUGGCUGACCCGCUCACCCCGCUGGACCGCGAGACCCUUGUCGGGCUCGGCAAGCUGCGGCGUCGCGCCUGGCUGGCUAUGCUCUCUCUUCUUCUGGGCUCUGGGGCGUCGUUGAGCACGCUGAGUAGCCGUGAGAGGCGCCUGGCGUAUGUGCGGCUUCAGCAGCGAGAGCUCGUCGUCGCCCAGCUGCGCGGGGCUGUGUCCGCAGCUGCACAGGCCUCAGCCGGCCUGCCCGCGGCCCAUGGAGGCCCGUUAGGAACCCGUGGGGUCGCCGCGCUACCGGCCGCGUUUCAGGGCGGCGGAGACGGAGGCACGCGGGACGGGGGGUAUGCUUUUCUUUACAGGGGGUUUUCGAGGCUUGUUUUGCAGGAGCAGGCAGUCCACGCAGACGCGAACGCGCAGUCGCCAACGGCCACGCUGCGCUCGGGGUCGCACGAAAGCGCCUCGCAGGCCACCCCCCGCGCCCGAGGCAGACGCGACGGAUCGCACUACAUCGGCGACACACUCUGGAAGGCACGGCGCUCGAAGUGCAGCUCGUCACCGUCUCCGGCGCGCGACGAGGGCCUCGCCGAGAGGCCGGCGGAGGGCCUUAGGGAGCGCGACCCGCCUGCGAAGCGUGCGCGCGCGAUUCUGUGGAGGACGUGGCGGCUGACAGACGAAAGCGAAGAAGAGGCGGAGUGGGCGAGCGUGUUCGUCGAUCCCCACGCCCCCACGCCGUCCCCGGUCCCCAUUGGCGGCUCUGCCGGCCCCGCCGCGACAGAUGCUCUUGCGGCACAGAUUUCAUCCAAGCUCGCGCUUCGCGCUGCAGGCCGUGUCUACGCGGAGGCCGCGCGGACCCUCUACGUGUCGAGCUCGCUCCUGUCCUUCCUGCCGGCGUGUGUGUUUGACGCGCGGUUUUUCUUUUCUCUGCAGCUGGAGCAGCUGAAGGAAUUCGAGAAUUACCGCGCGAUGCCUUUCAAACAGGGCCGCCUCGCCAAACUUCUCGCGCUGUGCUGCUGUCGAGGAGACGAUGCAAGCGGAGAUCCCGUCAAGCUGUUCGCGGCGGCGACGGUCUGUGCACUGCGGCGACAGGAGAAGAAAGCUCAGGCCCUCUACCGAAGCGUCCAGAGCGAGGGCGGAGGCCUCCUCGCGCUGGGCGACGGCUCCGGCGGCGCUUACGCGGCGAACACCGCGGGGGGGGAUCGUCGUAGUUCGGCUAGAGACCGAGGCAACGGCGGGCGAUGGCAUUCGAAGAAGGAAGUUGUGAGCGGCCUCGCGGAGGCCUCGCGAGAAGCUGCGCGGGCUGUGGCGUGGGCUCUUGAGGCGCAGAGCGCCCAGCGGGUCGAGCGCCCGGGUGACGACUGGACUUCAGCGGCCGGCACGGGGGUCUCGCGGUCGCGGAUCUCGCACGCAGUUGCCUGCGCCGAGCCCAAAGGCAGGGGCCGCCUCGCGCGCGAGCACCGCCUCGACUCCGGGGGAGAGUCGGCAGCACCAGUCAGAGGGGAGAUCGUGCCGGCGGGGAGUCCGGGUUUGGCUGCGGACGCGCAGCACGCUGGGCGAGGUCUGUCAGCGGGCGAAGAAGAGGACGGUGAUGUCCCACUCGAUGAGGAUGAAGCUGCCCUUUUGUGGGGUGGGGGCACACGCACGGGCUCGGCAGUCAUCAAUAGUCUGCUCGCCUUUCUCGUGGACGCCGCAGACAUGUACGCGCUGCUCCUUCUGCCUUACGCGUCCUACUCGACUCGCAGCGGCGAGCCGGUUUUUGCCCUCCGCCUGGGUCACGCGGAAGACGCGGAGGCGGCAGGCGUCCCUUCUCCGCCCCCUGCCCCCCCUCAGGCGUGGACGGGCGCCGCCCUCGUGAAGUGCGGCCUCCGCGGCCGAGCGCCGGGCGGGGACGAAAGCGACGCCGGCGGCGCGUUGGGCGAGGGCGUCGCGCUGCCGCAGCUCGCUGGCCUCCUUGAGCAAACCGUGCUCCUCUCCCUCUCCUCGAAGAUGAACGAGCCGCUGCUGCGGCUUCUCCUCGAACGCCUGGCUCUCACGCAGCUCUUUCAGGGGAACUUUUUCCUAGCCCUUGCGGCGUUGGAGCAGAUCGAAGAGCGCGGCUCCUCGACGCUUCGGUCAUUCGAAGACGCCAAAGGAGGCCUUCGGCUUAUGGACGAGGGCACAAUCGCCCUCUUGUUCGGCGAGGGCAACGCUGGGCGCUUCUCUUCUGGCUUUCUUUCGUCUGUCAAGGCGAAGCUGCUGCUCGUUCACCUCCAGCGGCCGAUCGCGGCAACGCUCGCCCUCACCCGGGCUCUGGCUGAUGUGGCGGCGAGCAGUGCGCAGCGGCAGAGACGGGCGCGAGUCGCGCCCGGAGAGGCGGCAACCCGGUUGAGACCCGCGGCCGCCCUCGAGCAACAAACUGCCCCGCCAGGGACUCCCCGUAGACUGCGCGCCCUGCCGGCAGUCGAGGCUCGAGAAGGCGCAGAGGUGCUUGAGGGGGUCACCGCAGACAGCGGUACGCAGGGGGCGUCACCGAUGACCGCACAAGAGCAGACAAAGCCUGAGACAGGCGCCAGCCGAGAGAAACCCAGCUCCCCAUGUCCCGGCGGGAGGCGGAGGCUGGUGCGCAGAAGCGCGUUCCGGUCGCUGCGUCCCCCGUCGUCCGCAGAGCGAGAGGACGCGACCACCCUCGCGCUUCUGCUGCUCCUCGGGCAAGCGUCCCUCCUUCAAGCACGCCAAACACGCCUAUUCGCUCUCCCGCCUGGGCUGCUGCCCGCGGAGCCCCUGCCGUUCUUUGCUUCAUCGUCGACUCCGACCGCCGCUCCAGUCCCCCCCCAUGGGGCGCCGCCUGCGGAGUCACGGGCCCCCGCAAGCGCGACUUCCGGUGGAGCGGAGGCGGAAAGCGCGAAGGCAUCUUCUGCCAGCUCGACUGCGGUCGCCGCCGCCUCUCGUGACCCCAACGAGGCGAUGGUGAAGUUUCGCUUUGGGGACGAGCGCCACGCCGAGAUCUGCACGUAUCCGAGCCUCGUGAACCGGGCCUUCCGCUGUGGGGCGUCCGCGCUGGCUCUCCGGGGGGGGCUCGUGGACCCACGGGUAUGGGGCCUGCUGGCGUGGACAGCCAUGCAGGCGUUCGACUUGCCUGCCUGUGCAGAGUUUGCGCGAAAAUCGCUUCUUCUUGACCGCCGAGACACGCGCGUCUGGCUGCUUCUCGCCUGGGCGCAGUCCGGCCGCCUACCCGUUCUGGCACCCUCGCUCGAGGCUCUUGCACGCGACCGCGCCGAGGGACAGGGCGGCGGGGACUGGGCUCGGACGCUGGGUACGGGGCCUGCAGGGACAGGCCCUGAGACCCCGCCGGCGCCCCGGGCGCCCUGCAAAGAAGACGACAGCUCUUCCGCGCCCGCGCAGGGUUUGGGGCAGGGGUACUCUCGCGUGGACUCUGCAUGCGCGCCAGGGUCUGAGCCCGCGAUCUUCCCAGGCCUCACGGCGGGCCAGUACCGCCCCCCUCCCUUUCCUGUGGCGCCCGUUCUGAACCCCGCCUACGUCGCUCCCGUGCAAGUGCUCGCAGGGCGGGGCCCGGUCGGGGCGUCUGCCCCCGCAGUUGAGGCGGGCCUUCUUCCUUUUCUCGCUGUCGUGGAGAGUGCGCUUGAGGAGCACCCGACAAGCUUGUCUCUUGUCAUUGCGAAAACGUGGACACAGGCUCGCCAUUCGCCCUUGUUUCGCCUCUUCACUUUCGGAGAGAGUCUGGGGCCCGCGUCGCCCUCUCAGCUCCCCCCGCUCCACGCGUACUGCCCGGCGGCGCCUUCUGAAAGCGACGGGCUGGAGGGCCUCGCCACGCUCCGCUGCAGUGAGAGGCAGCCCCGGGGCAUGGAUCAAGCUCGCGCCGACCUACACCGUCCCGCAAAUAAUGUCGCCAACGGAGAGACGGGUGUCUCAACCGCCUCCGCCUCUGGCGCUGGGCUCCGGUUCAUUGGAGAGGCCAAGCCGGCGGCCGUCGAGGACGGCAUCGCAGCGGUAAGCCGUAGACGAGUGGGGACCACUGUCCCUGCAAGCGUCGACGGAGCCCCGCGGACUGAGGCGCCUUGCGGCGUGUCUCUCGGAGGGGAGGAGACAGCUUGGGAGGUGACAAGUGCAUCGAACAGCAACUUCGCGAGUUGCGGACUUUUUUGGCGAGCAGAGGAACGACGGCACACGGCUCUGAAUAUGGAUACGCCAGGGCUUUCAUCCUUCCCCGAGUUAGGUCUGGAUGCCGCAGAGGCCCUCCUGGAGUCAGAGUCGUGCAGCUCCGCGGACUCGAGCACCAGUGAAGACUCCAGUGAAGACCCCGAUGACGACUUUCGGUUCGCGAGUGACAGGCGAGCGACGAGCGACGGUGCAGAGGGACGGGAGAGAGAAGAAUGGUACUAUGCCGCGGAGCGACGCCCCACCCCGUCAGCUGUAUCUGGCGCCUCUAAGGCUCCUCUUGAGUCAUCUCUUCUGAAGACACGCCGCGCGCGCCAGCGAAAAGGGCCUCAUGACUUCGCGUCCGCGCGGUCGCGAAGGGCCGCGCGCCUCCUGUCUGUGCAGACGACGCUGCAGCAAAUUGAGGGGUUUUUUGCGGCUGUCGAGCGCGAGAGCGAUCCAAGCCGCUUCGCAAAUUCGUCCGCAGCCACGCAGCCUUUCUGCAUCCGCUGCUGCGCCGCCCAGCACGUUCAUCUGCUUCCGUGCGCCAUGCAUGCCCUUCAGCGGCUAAGCGCCGAGCUCGCGACCGUCGGCCUGGGCUACGCCCCGUUCUCCACCUCGUCCGGUGUCCCCUCCCCCGGCGCGGGGGGCCGUCUAACGACGGGCGAGCCCUCGAUCUCGCCGCGGGGCGCGCCCGCGGAUCGAGGCGGCCUCGCCUGCGCCUUUCUGUCUGCCGCGCAGCUCGCAGCAUCAGGGGCCACCGAGGCCGCGGCCCGGCAGCUGAGCCACGCGGAGGGCGUGAUGCGCCAGCCAGCGAGCCUCGGCCUCGCAGCGGCAUCCGGAGAGCGUCUGCAUCUGGCGCAGGCGUCGACCCUGGUCACUGCCUGCGUGCUCCACGACUGCGCCAUGGAGCCGCUUCUGCGCCAGCAGGGACGACGCGGACCGCCUGAAAGCCCGGCUCAGAUUCUCCGCCAGCGACAGAAAGAUCUGCAGCAGCACGCCCUCGGCUUCGCGAACGACCCCUACAGUCCGUUCUAUUCAAGGCCACGGUCCUCGACCCCGAGCGGAGACAGAACUCGCCCGCCGCCGCGCCGGCCCGAGCCCGUCGGCGCCGCGUGUGUGAUUGACGCCAAACACCUUGAGCGAGAGACUGUCGGCUGGAUGGCUCUUGUGGAGCUCCUCUGCCAUCUCCGCGCGGACUCGGCCUGUGUCUGGGCCGCGCUGCACGUGGCUGAGCUCUAUCUGCACUAUUUCCGAGGCGUCGCCGCCCCCGCGACAGUCGAGCUCCACGUCGGGGGGGCACACGCCGCGGAGCACGGGCCCAGAGGCGCCGGCGCCCGCCGAGGCCGCUCUGGGCGCGACAGAGACCCUCGCCGCGCCGAGGACGCAUGCGACAGCGAGCCGAGUGGCCCGUGCGACUCUGACGCAGCCCGCGGACUCUCGGGACGUACGGAGGGGGGGCACCGACAGCCUGCGAACGGCGGGGAAGCCGGGCACACCCCCCGGGCGUCCUACAGUGACUGUGGCAGGCAAGGACCUCGGAAGCCCGACCCCGCUUGCGCGCGCUGCGGAGCCGCCUGCGCUGCAGGCGGGCGAGAGGCGUUCCUUCACUUCGCGCGCAUGCGGACGCGCUCCCCUCUGCGGGCCCGUGGCGCCGCUGGCACAGGCACAUCGAACUCUGGCCUGUUCGCCCCCGGCUCGGGGACGGGGUGGCAGCCUGGCGAGCUGCUUGGCGUGAAGAUUGAGUUUUUGCGGCUCUAUGCUGAGUAUUUCUAUAUCGAGGAUGAGGCCGAGGAGGCGCGCGCGGAGGCACCCUCUCGCUUCUUGCCUCGGUUUCCGCAGCGGGCGGCGAAGCAGCAGGCCUACUUCCCUGGCAGGCUGACCUCGACGUCUCCAUCGGAGGGGUCUGACGACUUCUGCGGCUCCAACGAACGUCCCCGUCACUACGCGCCGCAUUCGCGGGCCUCCUCACCGAACGGGGGGCACAGCCAGUCGUCGAGGUCUUCGCCGCCAAACCCGAGGAGCCCGCACUCGCCGCGCUGCCGGCGUUCUGUCAGACCACCGGCCUGGCUUGCCUCACGCCGGCGCCACAGCGUCACCAGUGCCGCCGCGCCCCUGCGGGCGCACUGCCACGCGUCGUGGGGAUCCAGGCGAAGCGGGGGGCGGAAUGGAGACAGUCUCCUCCGGGAGACGCUCCUGCCGCGCGAGGACGGCGAGGAAGGCGUCCCCUUCGCGGGGGUCACAGCCGCCGCGGCUGUCUCUGCGGCUCUGGCUGAAGGAGCCAGGGGCCCGCCCGAGCUCUCGCGGGCUGGCGAUCGGUGCGGCGCGUGGGCGGCGGGCCUCUCGGGCGUCGCCGACUCCUCCCCGAGGAGCUGCCGGAGUCUGAGCCUGCUUCUCGAAAAAGUGCAAAGCUUCCGCAAGCUGCAUCCGUUCUCGCGCCCGGCGCAGCUGCUUGAGGCGCGUCUUCUCUAUCGGCAAACAGACUUGGGGAAGGCUUUGGCGCUGCUGAGGGGCCUUCUCACGCUGGACACUCAGGAGCUGUGUCUGGAUGGAGACACCGACUUUCUGCAAGAAAGUCUCGGGGUGUAUCUGUAUGGGAAGUGCUUGCAAGCGCUGGGGCAGUUCGAUCCGGCCUCGAGGGCCUUCGACCGCGCCAUGCGGCUCUACUUCCACGCGCCGAUGAUGAAGGCGGGCCUUAUCGAAGUCAACGAGACCUCCGGGCCAGGGGCUUCACUGGUGGGGUAG